UUUUGCAAUGUUUAUUGUUAUUCAAUCAAUAAAUUGUGUCUACUACAAUAUAAACAAAAUUGAGAAAUUACAAUCCUUUUUCUAAUUUAAUAACUUAUGUAGUUUAUAUUUUGGCGACAGCUUUAUAGUUUAAUUAAUGAUCUGGAAUUUAGUGUCAUUACUUACCCAUUAUAACUAGGGUAAAGUGAAAAGUGCGAUAUUUAGUUGGAAAAAAACAUUCCAGCAUUUUUCAUCGUAUUUUCUUCCUUCUUUAGUUUAGGUCCAUUGCUGGUUUUAUUAAACUAUGAAAUCUAAUGAAUCUAGUGACCAAGUGCUAUUGGCGACGGGUAGUUAUGACCAAACUAUACGCUUCUGGUCACCUCACAAUGGACAGUGUUUACGGGUUGUUCAACACACUGAUUCCCAGGUUAAUGCAAUGGAGAUUUCCCCAGAUCGGGAAUAUUUGGCUGCCGCUGGUUUUCAGCACAUUCGUUUGUAUGAUAUUAGAGACUUUACCAACCCUAAUCCUGUAAUCACCUGUGAUAGUGUAACUAAAAGUAUAACAGCAAUCGGUUUCCAAGAAGAUUCAAAGUGGAUGUACUCUGGAGGAGAGGAUGGCUUCUGUAGGAUAUGGGAUUUUCGAGCUCGCAACCUCCAGGUACAAAGAACCCACCAAGUGGGUAAUCCAAUCAAUACAUGUAAAUUGCAUCCUAAUCAAACCGAAGUUUGUAUAGCUGAUCAAGAAGGUAAAAUCUAUGUUUGGGACUUACGCGGUCCUCUAAAGCAAACAUUCACUGUUGAUGAUGAUGUUUCCAUUCAACAUAUUGAUAUUGAUCAAGAAGGAACUUGUUUGGCAGCUGUCGAUAAUAAGGGAAACUGUUACAUGUUUACGUUUACUUUGAACUAUGUUCGACUACAAUGUGCCCCAUUGCAACCUCGAUUAAAAUUUUUUGCUCACAAAAGAUAUGGAUUGAAUUGUAAAUUUAGUCCUGAUUCAACUUUAUUAGCAACCACGAGUGCCGAUCAAACCUGCAAAGUUUGGAGAACUGCCGAUUUAUUGCCAUUAUCAACGCAUAAUUCCGAAAGUAGCAGUAGCCAUUCUAAUUGCUCAAUAUGGGAUACUUUGGACAAUAUGUCGCCCACAGCUGAACUACAAACUGAGAAUCAGCGAUGGGUAUGGGAUUUAGCUUUCUCUGCUGACUCUCAGUAUAUAAUUACUGCUUCCUCUGAUAAUAAUGCUAGACUUUGGAGUAUUAAUACCGGUAAAGUUAAAAAAGAAUAUGUUGGACACCAAGGACCAAUCACCGCUCUGGCUUUUUCAGAUGCCUUUAUUGAUUAAAGAAUCUAGAACAUGAUUUGAAGUCACAAAAUCAACUUUUAAGCAUGUUUCUUUUAAUUAUUUCCAAUAAAACGAAGUCUCACUUUUUCUAAA